AUGAAUACAUCAAUUGAAAUUAAUGAUGAUGAAACAUUCAUAGAAAACAGAAAACGUGUUAUUUCAAAUAUUAUCAAGGCUGUUUCCAAUAAAUUUUUAACAGUUAAAGGACAAAUUGAAAUAGAUGGAGAGAUAUUUCAAGAUGGAAAGCACAAACAAUUUAUGAAACUUCUUGGUUUUAAUGCCAAAACGUUUCACACUAUCUUUAGAAAUAUGGAAGAAAAAUCUGAUCCUUCUGAUAGUAUAAGUGAUGCUGGGUUAUUUGCUUGGGAUUGUGAAACAUAUUCAGAAAGUGAAACGCGUAAAGCAAUACACGUAGCGUGUACGUUAAUUAAUUUAGAAAAACUAAAAAAAAUGUUAGAUAGAAUAAAUAAUCUCUUUCCAGAUUUAAAUCCUACAGAUAAUGUUCCAGAAGAAUUUUAUAAUAAACUAAUGAAUAUAGUAGAAAUAUUUGUAGGGAAUUUAUUUCACAAUGUGAAACUGAAAGUAUUUCACAAAACUGAUAGUUUAUACAUUUCAUCUAGAAAUUGGGAUAAAUUAAAUCGAGCUGGGUUGGUAUCUGAAAAUGAAUAUUGUAAAGGCAAGAAUGAUUACGGUGAUGGUGGAAUCAUAUUUGGUUUAUAUUUAGCGCCAAACGUCAAAUAUAAUAUCAUUCUAACUUCUGAUGGUGUUUUAAAAGAAAAGAAAACGUUUAAGGGUUAUUUUAAUAAUAAGACAAGUGUAGAAGAUUAUAUUCAGUUGGCUAGUGGACAUGAUGUGACGAAUGAAUUUAAUAAAAGAUGGGAAAGGAGUUUCACGAAUGGAGUAGUUAUUCCAAAAGAUGAUGAUAAACAAAAGAAAGUUUUUAGAAGUUAUUUGAAUCUUGUAAAGAGAAAACCACCAAACAGUGAAGGACUUAUGUUUCCUUAUAGUUAUAAAGAUAAGUAUAGUUUUGAUGAAAACUAUGAAUUUGAUGAUUCCGAUUACAUAUAUAUCCAAGAAGAGAGUGAUUAA